CUCCCAUGCUUUUAAUCUAGAUGAAAUAAUCAUUCACCAAAAGAAAAUGUCAUCUAAUUUUUAGUGGUUGCUAUCCUUUUUUUUUUUUUUUUCUGUUUAAUUUUAUUUGGUGGGGGAAGGGUUGUAUUUUGAGUAGCUGCAGUUAGUUGGUAGAAUUUGUGGCAAUCAGUAAGAUUCUUCCCCGGGGGAAAAUGUGGGAAAGUAGAUAGCUGUUUCUAUUUUAAUUUAUGCUCUGUCAAAUGUUUGUUUGGAGUGUUGUUUUCAAAUGGAAAUGUGUUUCCUGCUUUUCUUGGCCUGGAUCUGUAAGUAGUUAUUUCCCCGCGGCACUGUGUGUGAGGGUUUUGUCUUUCAGGGUGGGGUGGCCCAAAAUAUUUUAAAGGUGGCAACAGGGACAUUUCUUUGUGGAUGGUGGUAAAUUGAGAGCCAUUCAAGUGAAGAUUAAGAUUUUACAGAAUCCUACGGAUCCGGAUCCUCUCCCUCUCAUCUCCCCAGUGUGUCUACAUCAGUCUCCUGUGAGUUACUUGCUUGUGAGUCAGUUCUGGACCAAUCAGCCUAUUCUUGGCGCUCCGCUAAGAUUAAUUCCGGACGUGCAAAGCUGAGGACUAGUUGCUGAGGGGAAGACGGCAUGGGAGGAGGUCAUUCCAAACCUGAAUGCAACAACGACGAACAAAACACCAACACAGUAGCCCCAACACCUCCGUUCUCCUUCUGGGAGCGCACCAAAGUGUGGUUCUUAACCCUAGGUUGCCCAGGGAGGGGAGAUCCCUCAAGAGAUCCAUGAAUCCCCUCGGCGGAUACAUGAAAUCUGCUCUGGGGGGGGUACCUAUGAAGAUUUCAGGGAGGGAAGAGAGCCCACAGUUUUCACUGAGGCCUCAAAUAGUUCUGGAACCCAAAAGCAAAAUGCUGAAAAGCAGUGGCAUACAGUAUUUGCUCUUGGCCUUUUUUGCCGGGGUCCUGAUCACGCUGCUGCUGUUGGCCCUUAUCUUCUUCGUCAUAAAGAGCUACAGGAAACGUCACUCUAGUCCCUGCGCCCUGGAUCCUCCCUUUGAUCCUCACUCUGGCCAAGAUCCUCCGGCCAAGCUUUCAUCCCCAGAGGAAGCACUCACCUAUGCUAGCAUGACUUUCCAAAUCGCAGAAGAAAAGAAUCAUUACCUGACCGAGAAACAUUCUGCAGGCUUGGAUCCGGUUGUCUACUCUCAGAUCAAAGUGACAAACUCACCCGACCUUUCCAGUGAGGCUUGACGCCAGUCCCUCUUAUCUCAGCUCUGUCUUUAUAUAAUCACUUUCCCUUUGGACAAAUUUGGGACCACAGCCUGACCAGACUACAGUGGAGUUGUUGGGGUGUGAUCUGGCCAUGUUAGCCAGCAUGUUUGAAGACCAAGGGCCCAUCUUUCCCUUGGCCUGAGAAAAGAUUGCUGGCCCAGCCGCUUGAACGGACAGUCUGAUAGCCCCUCAAGGGCUGAGACUGCCUUGCUCGUCCCCUUUCAAUGAGUGUGGUAGUACAGAGCUCAUGGCACAAAGAGUGUUCACUCGGGGCCGCUGAUCAGUUUGGGAGAAGUCAACCAACUGGGCAAGUUAGCAAGAAUUACAAAUAAAAGCAAACCCCCUGCAAAGCCGGCCCCUCCUGCAUCAUGCAUUUGUCUGUCCUCGUCACCUCCAAAGACGCAGAGCUCAUGCACAGCCAGAAGCCUAACAGAGGUGACGGGACUCUAGAUCAAGUUCAGGAUUGAUUGGGGCACAGGUCUCAAGCUCUGCACCAACUAGCUGCAUUCUUUUGGGUAAGUGUGUGAAACUUUUUUUUUUUUUUUGAUUUUUUAAAAUGUUUAUUUUUGAAAGGGAGAGAGACAGAGCGUGAGCAGGGGAGGGGCAGAGAGAGAGGGAGACACAGAAUCCGAAGCAGGUUCCAAGCUCCGAGCUAUUGGCACAGAGCCCGACCUGGGGCUCGAACUCAUGAACCCUGAGAUCAUGACCUGAGCCCAUGUCGGAUGCUUAACGGACUGAGCCGCCCAAGUGCCCCAAGUGUGUUGUUAAACUUUUCAAAGCUUCAACUGCUUCAUCUUGAAAACAGAAUAAUACUUACCUCUUAGUGUGAGAAUAAGUGAGAUGGCAUCUACUUAGGUACUUCAUACGUUCCAGUUUUACAUAAAUACAAAGUCCCUGUUGUGUAAAGUGCUAUUCAAACCACCUUCUUGCUAUAGCAUAAAAGAUAUGCCAAGCAAUAUUACAUGGAACUAAGGAUAAAAUGUUAACUCCCCUAAAUCCUAAUGGAUAAUCCCAUAUAUAAUCCCAGUAAAAAUACCAAUAAGAUUAUUUUUCACUCAGUGAGGUUCCUGUAUAGAUAAUAAACAAGAAAGUAAAUCCAGGAAAAUCUAUACAAAGAAGCAAAUAAAGGUAAUCUGGGAAGGCUAGUCCUCACAGCUAACUAAAAGUAUUAUUUUAUCAAGCAUGACGGACUAAAACAUGUUCCUGGUUCAUGAAUAAACAAAUGGGAUAGAGUAAAAAGACCAUAAAAAGAUCAAAAUCCAUGAAGAAAUUUAGAGUAUGACAAAGAUAGCAUAUCCAGUCAUUUGGGGGAAAUUGGUUAAUUCAUAAACGGUGUUUAGACAGGUAGGUAGCCAUAUGGAUGAAAGUAAGACCAGAAUCCACACCUCCCUUCUUAAAUCAUAAUAAACUCAAGAUACAUCAAAAAUUUAACUGUAAAAACAUUAUAAAAGUAUUAGAAGAGGGGCGCCUAGGUGGCUUGGUCGUUUGAGGGUCCGACUCUUGAUUUCAGCUCAGGACAUGAUCUCAUGGUUCGUGGGCUCCGUGCUAACCGUGUGGAGGCUGCUUAGGAUUCUCUCUCUCCCUCUCUUUGCUCCUCCCCUGCUCGCACACAGGUGCACGCUCUCUCUCUCUCUCAAAAUAAAUAAACAUUUAAAAAAAUUAAAGUAAUAAAUAAAAAAUUUUAAAGUACUAGAAGAAUAUAUAGGAGAAUUUUUAAAACAUAGUGGUGCAUGCCUCAAAUGUAUGACCUGGAGCCAGUAAACCAGAAAAGACUGAUUAACUGGGCUUACAAAAUACUAUUCAAAAUGCCAAGCUUGGAAAAUAUUUGCAAAGCACCUUAUAGCCAAAAGGCUAAUUUUCUUAAUAUAUUAAGAGCUCCGGAAUAUAUUAGGGCUCCUAAUAUAUUAAGUCAACAGGGAAGAAAUCAGCAACUCAGGAGAAAAUAGAAGACCAAGGAUAGGUCUGUUGGUCACAGAAAAGGAAAUGUAGUGGCUUGUUUAAACAUAUGAAGAGGUACGCAAGUUUACUCGUAAUGAGAGAAACAGUAGUUAAAACUACAAUUAGAUCUUUUCUGUCAGUGACGUUGGCGACCUUCAGAAAGUUUGCUAACAAACAGCUUGGGCAGGACUGUGGAGACCCAAGGCACACAUACAAUUGCUACGGAGGCAAUUUGGCAAGAGCUGGUGACAUUUUAAAAUCUGCUGCUGCGAAGCGGGUGAUGGGCAUUGAGCAGGGCACCUGUUGGGAUGAGCACCGGGUGUUGUAUGGAAACCAAUCUGACAACAAAUUUUAUAUUAAAAAAAAAUCUAUUGCUGCGAACACAUCCUAUGGAAAGUCGCCUAUGUAGUUGAAAUUGCAGUUCAUAAGAUCGCCUAACACUUAGCAAGGCUUGUUAUACUCGAAGUGUAUUCUAAGUGUUUGGCACGUGUUCAUGGAAGCCUCACAAAACACUAGGAGGUGACAGUUUUACUGUUCCCAUUUUAGAACAGAAAGGGAGGCUCCGAGAGGCUCAGUAACUUGCCCGAGUUCACACUGCUAAGUAAGUAGGGGCGCUGAGGCUCACACCUACAGAGGCUGGCUCCGGAGUUUGCCCGUUUUUCCAUUAUCAUCAAUGAUCUGAAAUAGUGAGAGCUGGAGAAAACCCUCAGUGUCUGUUGAAGAGGGGACUGGCUAACGGAGUACAACGUAGCCAUUAAAAAGAAGGAAGCCACUCUAUGUUUGAAGAAAAAAAAGAUUUCCAAGUUAUGUUAGAUGAAAAGUACCAGCUGCAGAACAGAAUUCUGAAUACACUCUAUUCAUGUCCAGUAGAGAACAUGUGUGUGUGUGUGUGUGUGUGUGUGUGUAUGCACAUGUGUGCCUGCACGGGUGCGCACCUGUAUUUGUGCACAUCUAGUCUCUGAAAGAAAACACCAUGAACUGGUCUUAGUGAUUGCUCCCCUGGGAGCUUGAUAACUGAGGGACCGAGGGGUAAGGGUGGGAGGAGGUAUUGUCCCUUAAAAGCCUUUCGGUACCUUUUUUUUUUUUUUAAAUGUUUUUAUUUAUUUUUGAGAGAGACAGAGACAGAGACAGAGCAUGAGCAGGGGAGGGGCAGAGAGAGGGAGACACAGAAGCCGAAGCAGACUCCAGGCUCCGAGCUUUCAGCACAGAGCCUGAUGUGGGGCUUAAACCUUUGAACCUCGAGAUCAUGCCCUGAGCCGAAGUCGGACGCUUAACCGACUGAGCCACCCAGGUGGCCGAUCCUUUCUGUGACUUUUGAAGUUCUUCAUUUACCUUGAUGAGGAUCUUCAGGGGACCUGAUACCCAGUGCUCCUGUCUCCACCUGAAUUCUGAACCAACUGAGAAACAAGAGGACUCAGCAGAGAAAGAACAAAGUACCACCUUUAUUACAAACGUAGUGCUGGAGAACACAGAGAAAGUGUGUCGUCAGAGAAUUGGGCAAGUCCCCUCCCCUCCCCACAUCCCAACCAGUGGCUCAGCUGCCCCCAGGAGUUGCAGAAGAGAUCAUGUGCUCUUUGAAAGCUGCACCCAGACUUUCCCUUGCCGGUUAAAAAAGGAAGAGGAAGGGGCGCCUGGGUGGCUAGGUCAGUUAAGCGUCCGGCUUCGGCUCAGGUCAUGAUCUCGCGGUUUGUGGGUUGGAGCCCCGUGUCAGGCUCUGUGCUGACAGCUCAGAGCCUGGAGUCUGCUUUGGAUUCUGUGUUUCCCCCUCUCUCCCCCCUGCCCCCGCUCAUUCUCUGUCUCUCUCUAUCUCUCAAGAAUAAAUAAACUUAAAAAAUUAAAAGAAAAAAAGAAGAGGAAGGGCAGAGCGGGUACACCCAGCGUCCCACCCAUAGACUCACGUCAGAUAGGUCACUUCUUCUCUGUUGGGGUAUCAUUGAGGAGUGUUACCCUAAUGGAGUUCAGUCUGCAGCAAAGGAAGCAAGAAUGGGAGGCAAGCAGCCUCCACAAAUCUCUUUUAAAAAAACAUUAGGUAAGGGGUGCCUGGGGGGCUCAGUCAGUUAAGCAUCUGACCCUUGGUUUUGGCUCAGGUCAUGAUCUACGUUUCAUGAGCUUGAGCCCUGCAUCAGGCUCUGCACUGACAUUGCAGAGCCUGCUUGGGAUUGUCUCUCUCUCCCUCUCUCUCUGCCCCUCCCUUGCUCUCUUUCUCUCUCUUAAAUAAGCUUUAAAAAAUACAUUAGGUAAUAUUGUAAGAAACUGAGGUAGGAAAAUUAACAUUCAAAGAAAUCAAUUUAGCCAAUGUCUCGCAUCUAGUAAGCGGCAGAGCAACAUUUAUUUUAUUUUAUUUAAAAAAAAAUUUUUUUUUACCGUUUAUUUAUUUUUGAGACAGAGAGAGACAUAGCAUGAACGGGGGAGGGGCAGAGAAAGAGGGAGACACAGAAUCGGAAACAGGCUCUGAGCCAUCAGCCCAGAGCCUGACGCAGGGCUCGAACUCACGGACUGUGAGAUCGUGACCUGAGCCGAGGUCGGACGCUUAACUGACUGAGCCACCCAGGUGCCCCGCAGAGCAACAUUUAAAUCCAAGUCUUCCAACUUCCGAUUCCUGACAUCUUGCCUGCACGCCAAGCUGGCCCACCCAGAGCAGAUAGAAUGGCAGAGAAACUAGCAAGGGAAAGUCAGGUGACCUAAUUGAGAGCGUGUGCAUUCUGAGAUGGAGCAGUGGCUCCUGAGAGCUGGAUUUUUUAAAAUAAGCGUUCAUUUUUUAAAAAAAUUUUUUUUAACGUUUUAUUUAUUUUUGAGACAGAGAGAGACAGAGCAUGAACGGGGGAGGGGCAGAGAGAGAGGGAGACACAGAAUCGGAAGCAGGCUCCAGGCUCCGAGCCAUCAGCCCAGAGCCCGACGCGGGGCUCGAACCCGCAGACUGCGAGAUCGUGACCUGAGCUGAAGCCGGACGCUUAACCGACUGAGCCACCCAGGUGCCCCUAAAAUAAGUGUUUAUUUAUUUUUAAGAAAGAGAGAGAGGGAGGGGCAGAGAGCAAGGGAGACAGAGGAUCUGAAGCAGGCUCCACGCUGUCAGCGUAUAGAGCCUGAUUCGGGGCUCGAACGAACAAACCACGAAGUCGAACGCUUCACCUGAGCCACCCUAGCAUCCACUGACAGCUGGAUUUUGAGAAGGCAGUGGAAGAGUGGGCCCAGUUUGGGAGCAAACAAACCGAGGAGAAAGACGGUUUGGGGACGAGUCUUGUGCAGAGGCCACAGCACAGCAGAGUGGCCAGCCCCGGGAGGGCAGUCGAGGCCCUUCUGUCGUUGGCUGUGGGGAGCACCUCAGGGAGGUCUCUCUAGCUGUCACCCAUUCCCAGACUCGGGGCUGACAGCAAACAAUUCUACAGACCUGUGAAGCUAGAAGCCACCUCAGCUUUCCAGUCAAGAGCCAGUGCUUUUUACAUGGCUCCAAGGGGAGGAGUAAGCAUUGUCCCAGGGCCACCCACUUGGACAUGAAGUAUCACAUUAAUUGCUCUUGCUUUUUUCUUGAAGCUUCCCCAUUCUUAGUAGCAGAGCCAUACGUUUACAAAGUUUUGGGUUUUGUCUCCCUGUCGUGAAAACUGGUGUGCACCGGGUCUUGCUGGAUGAAAUGAGCCAUUAAGUAAUUGACCAGAGAUUCAAAAGGUCAGUGCCAGGGACGGGAGGGAAAAAAAGGCUCUAGAACCCUGGUUCAUGGAAUCAGAGCCAACCUGUAGGAUUCUCAGGGAAAUGGCUCUCCAGAUUCAUAAGUAUACAUCUUCCAAGAAUAGCGAUAGAUGUCUUCAUCUGUCACGGAAGAUUGAUGCCUGCUGUCUUGCCUCGUGCAGUAAGAGGCCCCAUGGGUCCCAGACUGGAUUGCUAUUUGUAGAAUCGGCAGGCUUGUGCUUGAACAUGGCCACGGAGGAGGGCCUGGAGUUGUUUUGUAGAUGAGGGAAAAGGCAACGCUUUUGCCACUAUUUGCUCUGAGACUCUGGGAGGGAGGGGGUCUGGCCACAAGGACACAGGGAGGAUGGCAGGAAACGGAUGGUCCCCACACCCCUGCCCCUUCCCAUCGGGCUUCUGGGUAGCGUUGAGUUCCCCACCGACAGAGGGGUUUGGGUGGAAGACACCGUGAAAGCCUGGAUCUAAAUGUGCGGGGCACGUGCAGAAUCGUGGCACGAGCCAUUCUCCCUGCCCCCGCCCCACACUGACCUCAGAACUGCUGAUUACCCUGAGCGCUGACACUGGCCGGCACCCUACUGCAAGAUACCAGAAGAGCGGGGUUUUUAUGAGGGCAGCAGAGGCGGUGAUGGGGAGCCCCUGGGAACCCCCUGAAAUUGUAGGAAAAGACUUUAUAUGGGGAGAGAAGGUGCAGACGUGCAGGUGUUGCUGAGAGCUUAGGUAAUUCUGCCGUUAAUGACGGUAUAGCUUCACUUGCACCCACGGCUGCCAAUGCCUUGGUCUUGAUUUGUGUUUCCUGGUUUGACCGAAUAUUUCACCCACCACGCCUCGGCUUCUCACCGGUCAAGGGCAGCAUCUGUUUAGUCUGGUGGCGGUUUCCCACAGAGGACCACCUUUUCACCAAGAAGAUCUGAGAAAUGCUGAUUUCGCCUCAUGGGGGUAGGACAGGGUGUAAUACCAAUGUAGAAGCAGAUAUUGCAAUGUCAUAGUUUAAACUUUCCCAGAAAUCCAUUUCCAGUGAUAUCCCAGGAGACGUUAGUCAUGCCUCAGAGUUUAUUCAACACCAGUGAGGAGUUCAUGGGUGAACCAAUAAAACACAAGGGAUCUCCUGAUCCCCUGACCAAGAUGCUGCCCUCUCUUCACCUGGCAGCUAGCCGAGGGUGUGGAAACUAAGAUCUUGAGAUGUUGUUGACCACGGGGGCAGCCUUGCUCCUGCAUGGCCUAGCACAGCUCCCGUGGCUAAUACUGUUCUUACCUAGCUGCAAGCCAGCGCCGGCAACCUGGGGGGGGGGGGGGGUGGGGGGUUGGCCUUCGGAACACCUGAGAGAUCACAAUCCAUCCCCAAGGUGUGGGCCAGUCGUCAUGGUGACUCUGGCAGCAUCACUUUAUUUAUAAACUAAAUGAAAGAGAUCUUCAGUCAUGUCUGUUCAGGACGAGCCAUUUUCUUUGGAGCCAGGACACCAGGAGGAGGGCUUCAAAGAGUCGUCUAUUUUGUGGGGAAUAGACAAAGGAAAUGGAGUUGAGAUGUGUUGCCUACCUCUGCCGAGUGGUUUCUGCCACAGAAGUUGCAAACUCUCUCCUGGUGGCUUUACGGGGCCUAAACACCAAAGUAUGUCUUCAGGGAAGAAAUCAGCUGUCAUUGCUUCAAAGCCCAUUGGUCAGUCAGUAGGGAUGCUUGGCACAUGGGGCCUGCAUUCACCUCCCACCGAGCUUCAGUGAUAUAAUGCAACCGGACCCCUUCAAAGCCCAGGAACGUCAAAGCCAGAAGGGCCCUUGAUUCCAGCUUCCAUGUUUCAACUGGCUGAGUGUGAGGAAGCAGGCUGGGGCUAAAACAGGUUGCACCACCCCUGGCUACAAGGGAAGGGGGUUGGAUUCCGCUGCCUCAACUUCCACGACACCAUGUGCUUCUCCCAUACCGUCCUUAUGCUAGCGGACACAUUUUUCAUCUGUGUGAUAGUUUGUCUUCCUCCCACUCUACCUUAUAAGUGCCAUGAAGACAGAUGCUAUGUCUUUCGCUCAUCUUUGUAUCCCCAGCAUCUAGCACGGUCCUUGUGCUUGAAAGAAUGAAUGAAUGUAUGAAUUAAAAGCUCGUGGGGAGUAUGAGAAUGGAGUCCUCAAUCGCUAGAGAAGAAAACAGGCCCAGAGAAACGACAAGUUACCCAAGAUCAUGCCUUAAGGCGGUGACGUUGUCUGUCUUAGCAAAAAACCUAGAAUACAAUUGGGUCCCGAAGGGAACAGUCUUGGGUAGAACUGAGAAAGAUGUUGUCUUGUCUAUAUUCUUCACCUCCGUGGUUCCCAAAGCUCUAAGAGGACAAAAUGGAGCCAUGGCUUUGAUUUCUUAGGGCUCCUGCUCCACCUGGGGCCACGUUAUCACAGAGAGACUAGGAGACCUCACAGCCUUAACUGUGACUCUCAGAUUCCUCUGGCGUUACCCUUGUACUUCCGUAGCAGGUGUUGCCACACAUGCAUGUGUGUGCGUGUGCGCGCCUGUGUUUUCCAUCAUUCUCUGAAAUGUUUUUCUGCACUUCCACACCCACAGGAGGGGGGAGUCUAUUUUGUACCUAUGCCUACAGUCUCUCCACUGCCCAAGGUACUUCUGUGUCUUCUGAGCAUAAACCUAAAGAAAAUUAAAAUAAAGAAACCCUACUGGCCAAGCA